AUGUGUAAAACACAGCCACAGACGCCACCGUCCGAGAACUUUUCCUCAGAUCCCGAUCAAGCAACUGUUGCUCACAGCGAGUCUACCUUGACAAACGAGCAAGGACUGACAUUUAGCACAGACCUCAAUCUGGUGGAAAUGACUGAGGUGGAAUAUACUCAACUUCAGCACAUUAUCUAUUCACAAAUGGAGGCACAGGUUGAUCUGGAGGGAGCUGCUGAAUCGAGGUUAAACCCCGGCGUUUUUACAACAAGCAGUCCUUCAAACCAGACUGUCUGCCAGCCCUCCAACCCACAGCAUUUAGAGUAUCCAACAAACGCUGUGAAUCCCUCUGUGUACUGCACUAGCAGCAGCCAGCCAGACCUCGCUUCGGAUGCCCGCUUUAUCACUGCCAACUCAAAUCAUGGACAUGUUGACUUUCAAGAAUUAAAAAUGAUUUUGAUGAGUGAUUCAACACUCAAUAACGCUGUAUUAACAGAAAAGACCCCUACUAACUGUGGAGAAGCACCGGUGACCAAUUUAGCUAAAGCAAGGCAUGCUGAAGGUAUGUGUAAAGAGCAUAGAGUUUUUCCAAUUGAAAACGCGAAAGCAACCGCUGAAUCGAGACCUAAUCCUGCAGCCCGAGUACGACUGGAGAAGAGAUUUUAUCCUUCUGAAGUUUCCAGACACCAAGAGCCUCCGGAAUCAUCGGCAGCCUUAAGACACAUUAAACUUGAGGUCCUCAGACAGAAGACAGUUACAUGUAGUGGGGAAUAUAGUAGUGACACAUGCUUUCAAUCCAUUUUGUUUUGCAAAGAAGAAACUUCACAUAAACAUACAGCAAACAAACGCACCAGAACCAGAGGACGUCAGGCAAACACAGAGCGGAGAGCUCUCCAUGAUAUUCAAAAUGUACCAGCCAGCCAGCCUACCAGAGCAGCCACCAGCACUCGGAAGAAAAGCAUCCAGGAGGGAGAGAAUUCACAGCGCAGAGAAAGACACAAUUGCAUGGAGCGAGACAGGAGACGGAGAAUUCGCAUUUGCUGUGAUGAACUCAAUAUGCUGGUUCCAUUUUGCACUGUUGAGACUGACAAAGCUACAACACUGCAGUGGACAACAGCAUUUCUCAAGUACAUUCAUGAAAUACAUGGAGACAGUCUCAAAAGGGAGUUUGAGGGUGUUUUUUGUGGGAAGACUGGGAAGCGCAUGAAGCUUGGUAGAGCUGAACAAUUUGUGACUUAUGGAGAUCAAGGGAAUUCACUGAGGAAUGCAGCUAUAGAGCAAAAAUGAUAUAGCUAUAAAUAAAUACACCAUAUAUGUGAAUAUAUGAUUUUUGAAACAAAAUAGUGAAGUAAACAUAAAGACAACAGAUCUCCUUCCUCAUGCUUAUUGUUUUAUGCUUCAUGUGGAGGCUAUCCUGACACUAGUCUAUUCUGAACCACAUAGUUUGAGCUUUUAGCCCUUUGUUAUAGCAUGUUUGCUGGGCCACUGAAUGAUUUAAAAAAAUGUAGAAGAAAUUAUUUAUUCCUGCAUUCCUUCUAUACCCAUCUAAAUUGUAUACAGCCACAAGAAAGUAGCACGAGUGAAUUAUCUUUAUACUUUUAAAUGUUUAUCAAAGGCAAAUUUCUUGCUUUAAGCUGUACACAGCGUGGUUCGUUUUUAUUUAUUUUUUGUAUUGUGGUAAAACAGUGGCACUAGUCUUAAUAACUCAAGUCUAAAAUGUGUACAUGUCCUUCCAUAAACGGAAUAGGUUGUCCUUUAUUUAAUAAACCUGUUUCUCAUUUACAAUUUGAUGAGACUGCUCAAAACCGACAAAAACUCUAAACUUUGCAUAUUUAAAAUAAAAUUAAGUGCUGUGUUUUAAACCCUUCAGAGGUGUCACUGUUUCUUCACGAUUGUUUUUACAUGGAAUAUACAACGUGGAUUUCUGAAAAUAAUUAGAUGGCUUUAAAAAUAUAUGAAACUUACACUUUAAAUUUACAGUCUACAGUUUAUUGGUGGAAAUUCAGUGCAUGUGAUCCUUUUUAAUAAAGAAGCUACAUUCAUUUGGUUAAUUUUACUAUAUUGUAUAUAGUGAUUUAAAUUAAAAAAAUUAUUACAUGUACCUUAGUUCAGUGUGGGAUAAAAUAUGUGUUUUGGAUUUCUCUUUUUUUGUUUUUGUGUUUUGUUUUAAAUGAUCAAUAGUGUGGCAGCACUAACAGUAUGAUGCUAUGUUCUCAUACUAGAAUGUUUUUUUUUUAAUGCUGCAUACUUUUCUUUUAAACAUAUUUACACUGAAAAAUAAAAUAAAAACCCAACACAG